UAUCACAUUGACUGUCACAUACAAAUCCAUUCAGUUGACUGUAUUAACAAAAUUUGUAUAUAUGAUAUCAUUUGUAUAUACUAUCAUUUGCAAAUACUACAAGAUAUUUAUGUCAAGUGGAGUAUGAUAUUUGUGACAAGUGGGAUGGUGAUUUUGAAAAGUGUUAAGUGCUACCACAUGCUCCAUGUAAAGUAAUAAAAACUUCAUUUGAGAAAAAAAGAUUUAGUGAAUUGUGUUUCUAGUGUGUUUAAACAUUGGUUAUAUGGAAGUAUUUUAUAAAUGGUAUAGACCAAUGUUGUAAAACGAAGUGUUAAGCGGAAAUAAGUGAUAAAAUAUUGUUGCUGGAUUCUUUUGACAUGAUAAGGAUACAAUAAGGACAGCUUAAAAUUAUGCGAUGAGUUGAAGACUGGUCACCAUGGGUAACAAGCACUCGAGCACAAAGGACAAUCAUUUCACGAACGAGUCUCGAGGUCGGAGCCGAUCCUUCAAUGGCCUUGCGUCUAGGUUCAGGAAGGCAAGCAAGAGUCCCCCACGGGAACGAAGCAGCUCGUUUGGGGAGUCGGCAUUGGCAUCUAAGCCAACGCGGAAGGGCAGUGGGAAGGCUGGUCAGAACGGGGUGCUAAAAGGCAGUCACAAUGGUCAUGUGAUAAGGAGGGGGCACGACAUUCCCAUAGCAACACUGAGCAGGGACCAGGAAGGGACUGACGUUAUAAGUAAUAUCAGUGAUAAAUCUGAUAGGGAGAGUCUAAGUAAGUUGUCACAGUCAGCCCCAGGGGGGAGGGGUUUUCACUACAGGCAUUCACCAGCCAGGAAUGUGACCCCUGUGAAAGAAUCAGUGUCAAAGAAUUCCACGCCAGUAAAAACAAAACUUGAAGAUCAUGAAAACUCCAAAAAUAAUUCCAUCUCUCCAAGCAAAGCUUUGAUUUAUGAUGAGAAUGAUACUAUUAUCAAAAGUUCCAAUUUGAAGAAUUUGAGAAAUAAGCAUUUAUCUGAUAAGCCUGCAUUAAUUGAGAACUAUGCAGAUUCAACAACGCAUAUCUCUGUUUCCAAAAUGCGCAAUGUUUCCAGGGAACUUUUCUCAGAUCAGUUGGAAGACCUCGCCAAGAGACGUGGGAUGGCAACGCUCAACCGUGAUCUGUCAUUGUCAAAUGCUAGUCUUGGUCUGCUCUCUAACAGGUCAAAAUCCAUGCACAGUCUUAGUUCAAAUGACUGGGAGUAUGAGGAAAGGUGUAAAGUCGGGGAACUACUUUCAUUUGAGGACAGUUCUAAAGUUGGUGAGUUGUGUAGGAGUAUUACUUCUCAGUUUUCCAGUGAAAAUCAGGACAAUGAUGAUAUGUUAUUACGGCCAAGAACGAAUUCAGCUUCAGCCAUUGAUUUAGGGAGCUACCAAAGAAAACAGAUGGCUUUUGGUAAAACAAGUGCUGAAAUUCGGAGAAAUCUUGCAUCUCAGUAUGCAAUUGACCCAAACAAAAAUGCACAAAAAAGUAGUUCUGUUGACAAUGUUGGUCAGAAUAGCAGUUCAACAGACCAUGUGGGGCGUGAUGUGGUUCAGGCGAGGAGGAUGCUGGUUGCCAGGGCACUUAGGGAUGGUGACAGUGACACAAAGGGAGACAACUCCGAAGCUGGUUCUCAGCAGCCCCAACCCCAGGCUCUCAGCCCUCAGAACCGUAACUCCUCCCCUAUCAUGCUGAAUGAGAAGCGGCCAAUCUCACCCAGUGUUCUUUCCUCCACUGCAAAGGGAUCACCUGUGAUGGUGCGCAGAAGUUCUGCACCAAAACUAGGUAACCAAACCCCUGAAAAACUAGGAAGUCAUGGGACUCCAUCUCCGAAUGGAAAAAUGUUUCUCAGUAGACGAAGUUCUAGUCCAUUGCAUCCAGCCAGUGCUAACUCAAUACCUGAAAAACUGGGCCAGUCAGCUGGCUUCAAGACUUCCAAUUCAAAUCCUGUCCUGCAGAAUCUGGACAAGAGUCAAUUGUUAGCAGCGAAUAUGACCAAGUCGAUGCAAAAAUUCAUGUUGGAUAAUCAAGGUGUUGGUGUGAACACCACAGACUAUGAGAAGAUGCAUAAUAAACUUCAGAAGAAGAAGAAGGUGAGCUCUGCCACGCAGGACACCGGGAUGAGAGAGAGGAGCAGCAGUUUUUCUAUAUUGACCUCUCGGUACCAGCAGCAGCAAUAUGUCCAACAGAUGAUCUCGGAGCAGCUGGGUCAGGCGAGUCAAAAGACUGAGCCCAGCACCAACCUUUCCCCCCCGGAGAUGACUAUACUCCAUGUCCAUUCUAAGUCAUACGACAGUACGCCAGUGUCCACCGGAGGCGACUCUGGCUUCCGUAGUAGAAGUCAGAGUUGGUCGUCGCUGUCCCGUAAAAGUGUGUAUGAAUCCCAGCAGCACAUCAGUGUUGACAACCCUAUGAAUAACUUGUGGAGUUACAGUGAAAUGUCGCUAACAGACCUUCCUGUGGAUUUAACCUCCCAGCCUCAGCGGUUUAUAUCAGUCAUUGAAGAUGACGAGGCGCCACCGGAAAACUUGAACUUCUCUCACGACCUGGAUGCCAUAGAAAGCCUUGGAAUGGAGGGCGGUAUGACCUCAGGGGUUCUGGGUGGGGCUGCAAGCCACACCCACCUCGCCCCACCUCCUGAGGUGUGCCCCAGCUGUCAGCUCCCAUAUGAUGCAGCCAGAAAACGGAGGCUGAUAGACUCGUGCGGCCAUGAGCGGUGUUGGUCCUGCAUGUUCAGCAAGGAGGAAUGCUCACUGUGUAGCCAUGGUGUGUUACAGCGGCAGUACAGUACAGGCAACCUUGACCACCGACCCAAGGUGAAGACGAAUGGACACUUCACAACGUACAUGCAAGGUCGCCCCGACACCUCGCACUACCAGACACCCCAGCCUCCGAGACCGGCAUCAGCAUCAGGUCAAAGGUUAAACUACUCGAGUCAUUCUGGGGUUGCUGGGAAACCAAAGUUCAUGACCUCACAGACACCGACCCAGCCUCCAGGAAUGAAGAGUAUCCAGCAACAACAACAGCAGCAGCAGCAGUACAGCCACUAUGCCAAGCCUUACCACCACCACCUCCAGCAGCAGCCUAAUGCUGAUCCAUACUACAGCAGUGACUCAGCUAUUGGUUCUCCUGAACUGGGCAGUACAGCUAGUGCUGCGGGGACAGGUCAAGACGAUGGACACUACACUGACCAGCAGCAUGGGCAGAAGGCGAAGGGAUCCCCACCCCCACCCCCACCAGAUGUUGCCCAUGGGGACCUCAUGGCCAGACUCGGCCUUCUUUUGGACGGCAGGUCAGCGAAUCAAGUGCAGGAGUAUGUGUCUAAUGGCCAGAAAUCAGCCAAUCACACACCAGAACACACCUACCAUGGGCAGAGGCCAGCUAGUCAGGUGUCAGAUCAUCUAUCACAUGGUCACCGAACAGCCGAUCAGCACAGAGAGGAGAUAUACACUUUGACCUCAAGCAGUAAUGGAACCCCUGACAGGGGAAUCGCAGAUACCAGUCCUAUGUCAACUUUAACUGUGUCGUCAGGCAGUGACCGUGGCCAGACAACCCUUCAUACGCCCAGCGGUCCCCCGCAACACAGUCGGGAAGCAAGCACAGACAGUAUGGCUUCCAUGAGCUCCCUGGGCACCGGCCUGUCCCUAUCCCCCCAUGCCACCACACACAGGCCACACUCUAUCACAACCUCUGCCCCGGGUGCUAUUGAAGACCUGAAUCUGUUCAAGAAGUCGAAAUUCCGUCGCUCUGCACGGGCUACCAUCGGAUAUUCGGAGGACCAGAAAUUGCGUAUCCAGCCAAUCCGGCCACCUCAGCUUCACAUGACCCCUCUCAUAUUUGAGAUCCCCCACCCAGAGGGUACGGCAAUGUUCAUUGGAAGGGAGUGGGUGUUUAGGGACAUUGAUCUGUCAUUGAAUGGAGAGCACACGUCCUCAGAUCACCCCUCAGGUGUGAUCAUUGCCGGCAGUAAUGGCAGUGGGAAGACAGCUAUCAUAGAACAGCUCGUCGCCCAUAGCUACUUUGGGGAUGGCAAGACCAGCCUUGUGCAAGCUCCCAGCAGUCGUCAGGCUACGGACAGGCUCCAUAAUGGCGUGAACUACAGCCCAACAUCGACGCUCAACGCGCACAUGAGCGGCUCAAACUCCAGCUUGAACUAUGAUGCCCUGCGUACUCUUGGCGCCCAGGUGGUGGCCUAUCACUACUGCCAGGCAGAUGUGAACAACACAUGCAUGGUGCCAGAGUUUGUACACAGCGUGGGGGCAUAUCUGGCACAGGCCCCGCAGCUGGUGGCAUACCGAGAGCUUCUCCUGCAGGACCCCCAACUCCAGCAUGCCCUCUCUCUACGCCAGUGCCUCCAGGACCCCGCCCACGCCUUUACCAAGGGCAUCCUCGAACCCCUCGAACAAAUCAAACAGUCUGGCAAGCUGGAUGGUGAUACCUGCUUAAUUGUGAUAGAUGGAUUAAAUGAGGCGGAAUUUCAUAAACCAGAUUAUGGUGAAACUUUGGCAUCUUUCCUUGUACAGCAUAUAGAAAAAUUCCCUGGAUGGCUAAAGUUGGUGCUAACAGUUCAUUCUAACAUGAUUGAGAUAACAAACUCACUGCCAUUUCCCAGGGUCUUUAUAGAUAAAGUGGAGGGCAAUGAUAUGUUAGUACGAGACUUACAGGAAUAUGUGAUUCACCGAGUGCAAUGUUCUGUUCAAAUCAAACGCAAUAUGGCCAUGAAGACGCUUGAUGCUACCACGCAGGGCAAACUGGCCGCACAUUUACAAACACUAAGUAAUGGGUCUUUCUUGUUUAUAAAACAAACUCUCGACCUUGUAGAGCAAGGCCAUAUAGUGCUAAAAAGUUCAAAUUACAAAAUUCUACCUUUGACUUUAUCAGAAGUGUUCUUAUUGCAAUUUAACAUGAAAUUCCCGAGUGUUCGAUCUUUCGAGAAGAUUUCUCCAAUAUUGGGGGUAGUGCUGGCAUCCCUAUAUCCACUUACCGGUGAGCAGAUAUUUGAGGCUCAGAAUUCCGGCUACACAGAGAAGUAUGUGAGCCAUGAGGACUUUACGCAGAGACUCGGUCUCAUGUCCGGACUUCUCUACCAGAGGCGAGACAACAGAUACGUGUUUUUCCAUCCUGCAUUCCGGGAGUGGUUAAUAAGACGUGAUGAUAAUGAUACCAACACAAAGUUUCUCUGUGAUCUGAGACAUGGGCAUGCACUGCUGGCGUUCUACAUGUCACGAGUUGCUGCCCCUCUUUCCUCUGAGCGCACUAUAGAGCUGGGACACCACAUCUUGAAAGCUCACAUCUACAAGAACAUCAGCAAGCAGCGGGGCUACUCCUCCCGCGACAUGCAAGCUCUGUGGGUGGCCAUGUCAGCUGACAACCUCUCCGCAUCCCUUGUCUGUGAGAGGAACCUCUACUCUCCCAAUGUCAAGGUGAGCCGUCUGAUCCUGUUGUCGGGCGCAAACCCGAACACCCGUACACAGUGUGAGGACAACUCUCCUGUUCUGUGUAUCGCCGCCAAGGAGGGGUUCUCUGACAUGGUAUCCCUCUUACUGGAGUUCAACGCCAAUGUUGAUGCUGUGUCUGACACGGGUAUGUCUGCACUCUGCUAUGGGGCGGCCUGCGGACACACAGAUAUCAUCAAAAUGCUCUACCUCAGGCAUGCAAGGAUUAACCAUGUGGACAACAGUGGUCAGUGUGGGGCUGUGCAUGCCGCGGUUAACGGACACCUCGAGUCUCUCGUGUACUUGCUGCAGUGUGACUGGCAGCGGUGGGAGGGCCAGGUCUCCCUCAUUGAGGCCAUGCAACAGUGCCUUAUUGUGGCCGCAGCCAUGGGACACCGAGAGAUCUGUGAGUUCCUGCUUCACUGUAACAAGAAUCGACGGGACGACUUCGGUCUUGAUGUAAUAGACUCGCUCCUCGGUGAGACCGCACUCACAGCCGCCUGUCUCAAUGGGCGUAAAGAGAUCAUCCUGUGGCUCCUGGAUCGGGGUGCAGGCACUGAGACACCAAACCAGAAAUCUUUCUCCCCACUGUUGUGUGCCGUGGAAGCGGGCAAGUGGGAGAUUGUCGACCUACUCCUCACACUUGGCUCCUCCAUAGAGCAGACGGACAAACACGGCCGCACCCCGCUCAUGAUUGCCGCAUACAAGGGACACAUUGGGGUGCUAGAGAUGCUUCUCUCCAGAGGUGCCUCCAUCCACAAGACAGACAAGGAAGGCCUUACAGCACUGUGUUGGGGCUGCCUGAAGGGCCACCUGCACAUUAUCCAGUCUCUCCUGGACCGUGGCUCCAACCUCCACCAUGCCGACAGGUGCGGCCGCAGCCCUCUACAGCUGGGGGCCUUCCACGGUGAUGCUCAAGUGGUCCAGUAUCUCAUAGACCAGGGAGCGCAGAUAGAGCAUGCUGAUCUGAAUGGGAUGCGAGCUGUUGACCGAGCCAUCGACCGACGUAAUACAGCCGUAGUGGUGUGCUUCCUGCGUAAAGGAGCAAAGCUUGGUCAGAUGACCUGGGCGGUGGCUGCGGGCAAACCGGACGUCAUGUUGCUGCUCCUCAAUAAACUGAUGGAGGAUGGAAAUGUGCUCUAUAGGAAGGGUCGUAUCAAGGAUGCAGCCCAGCGUUACCAGUACGCCCUGAAGAAGUUCCCGGAGGAUGCGUACAGUGAUGAGUACAAAACGUUCCGCGAGAUCAAACUCAACCUCAUGCUGAAUCUGUCACGCUGCCGGCGGAAAAUGAAUGACUAUGAUGGAGCUAUUGACCUGGCCACGAAGGUUCUGGAGAUGAAGCCAAAGUGUUUUGAGGCAUACUACGCCCGAGCCCGCGCUAAGAGGGAUAACAGGCAGUUCAGUUCAGCAAUCGAGGACCUGAUGGAAGCAUUGAAGCUCGCUCCGUCCAACAGGGAGCUGCAGCGUCUACUUGUACGCUUGAAGGAAGAGUGCCGCGACCAGUCAAAGUUCCCCGGACCACUGCAACACGGCGACUCUGAUACACAUCUUGAUGCACGGGCAUCCAAUGAGACCGCAUUAUAAAUCACUCUAUAGUAGGAGUGAUGUCACGUAAAUAAAGACCCACAAAUGAAAUAGAAGAUUUCUCAUCAACAUGAUGACAAGGAUUUUCAAUGAAAUAAAAGACUCAUGGACACAGUAUUAUGUCCUGUUUGAUGAAGUGCUUUGGAGUUAAAUCAAGACUGCACCUAUUCAACCUUAAUAGCCUCUUGAACUAUGUGACUUAAUUUUAACCUGAAGUCUGGCUCUGAAAUUAUACAAAUUUAAAAAAAGCCAAGUCUUAGUGAUUGUGUCCUAUAUAAUUUUACCGGUAUUUUGUAGAAUCAUUCGACUAUUAAAUGAAUUAAAAUGAAAGGAAAUUAAACAUAUAAGGAACAUUUAGACUCAUUUUCACUGCUGAAACAUUGCUUUUGGAGUAAAGGAAAAUUAUGUAGGAUCCUUAUAAUGGUAACUUUACAAGCUUGAUUAACCUAACCCAUGGCUAUAGAUGGGAUAAAAGUGUUAUAUGUGCAUUGCAAAGAACAAAGGGGUUUGUGAAUCUCUACAGUAUUGUGUUGAAUUGGAUAGGGCAUUUAUUUAUAACUAAAGGGUGUGAAGAAGAAAGGCUUCUUCCUGUUACCUUGCAAAGACUGUGCCAAUAAUGUGUUUGAUAACCAGUAUAUUUAUACAUGGGGUGAUAACAGCGACAAUAAUCAUUACCAAUUACCCUAGUGGUAAGUUUCCGCUUUUCGCCUGGAAAUGGAGGUUUCUAUAAAAUAACUUGAAAAAUGCUCUAUAUUUUCGAAUGAAAUUUUGCUGGGAGGAAGGUAGGCACCUGAACUAAGAACCAGUACUAUAAACUGUUUGCUGUAUGCUUAUUUUUAGUAUGAAUUCACAUGCCAAAGAUGCUCUGUCAAAUCUACUGAAAUGACAGUGUACUGUACCAAUAAUUAGCCCACCUUAGAAAAUAUCAAUCAAGAAAAAAAUCUAAAAAAAAGUUAAUAUCAACAUUUUAAUAAUAUUUCAGUAAUUUAGGGUGAAAUAUUUUCGAUUUUGUUGGGUGGUACGAAUUGAUAAUCCCCCGCUGGUAUAAUUAUGGUGCAACCUGGUGCAAUUUCAAUAUUUCCAAGAAAUCAUUUUAUUCUGGUAAAUAUAUUAUUUUUCCUAUUUUGAAGCUUCAGUUGAACACAAAAUAUCAUUUGUAUGAAAAGCAAUCAUAAUGGAAUUGUUAAGCAAGAUUUUAACACAGGUGGGCGAAUUAUUGGUUCGGGCGAAAAAGUGGUCCCUAACCUGUACUAAUAAAAUAAGUGCUUUAAAAGCCAAGUGAAAUGGUUGACUCCUGGGAAAAAUAUCCAGCUAUACAUUACAUGCAGUGUAUGUUAGGACAUUAUAUAGUAUAUAUCAGCUACAUAUGGUCAAAGAAGAUACAUCUGUAUAAACAAAUUUACAGUGUACGAUAUUUAUUUGUGACCAAAAGUUAAUAAUGAUUUGUCAUGCAAAGUCAUUAUUUGUGCUUACAUUUAUUUCUGAUCAUGUCUUUGGAUGCCAUGAAAAGGAAUUGUUCAUUUGAUUAUUUAUUUUUGUACAUUUGUAUAUCAAAAUCUUCUUUUCAUUUUAGAUUGCUUUAACAAUAUAAUUCUAGCAAUUUUUUCAUUGCAAUUUUAUAUAUUUUAUUAUAUUUUAAUUCUGUAAAUACUAGUAUAUUAGACACAUAUGUAUUAUUUUAUAUAAUCAUGAUAUAUUACAAGAAGAACAAGAAAUUUCUUUUAAUAUUGUUGUACAUGAAUUUAAGAUUUUCUUGUUUUAAGAAACUUUCAUUUGUAUAGAGAUGAUUUGUUAGUUGAUAAUUUUGUUGAUUGUGUUUCGUUAUAGAAAUAGAGUAGUGUGCUACUGUUAUUUCUAACGUGUACCUUAAACUCUGAACAUGGAUGCUGCAACAGUUUCGAGAACAAAUUAACUUGUUAAAGGUUCUGAUGAUCAUUCAUGAUUAUUAUAAUAAAAGUGAAUAAAACUUUGCAAUAAA